GUAGACCUAUGUUUGCUGUGUGUAUGAUCCUCUUGCAGAUUAUUUUUGGAGAUUGUGAGAUGCAGGUUUUACGGCCAAUGGGAAAGGCAAAAAUACAACCCUUAUUUCUGAAUGUGUAUCCCAAUGAAGAGAAGACACAGUUUAUGAUCCAUGGUCGAUUCCAGGGUCCCCUUGAUAUGGAAGCAAAGUCAGGAUCCCUUGCAAAAGUUUUAGACAAGACAGAUUUCACAUUGUUCGAGGCAAUUAUACUGUUUACAAACGACACCGGUGCCAACCGCAACAUUAUACUAAAAUCGAAUUCGACUUCGGAAACAUUGAAAAUGGCUUUAAACAUUUCUCCAGGAAGCAAACAGCAAACUGACUUUUACGGAACAAACUGUGAGUUUGAAGUAAAGGGUUCUAGUGAUAAAGCAAAAUAUUCCGCCAUAGUUAAAAAUUGCGGACCCGAGGAAGACUACACCAUGUACCAAUAUUUUAAAGCUAAUCUUAACCUGCGUGAUGAAAUUGUCCGUGUAACGUCAUUUCCAGAAAGUGAAAAUUUGUGGAACUAUGUUAAUGUGUCAGAGAACUAUAAACCCGAGAAAACGGCAACCGCCAUUUUGAACAAAGAUUCGAUGGCAGAGGAUGGCGUCAAAUUGAAAAAAAUCGAUUUCGAUUUGUUUGCUUUAGGGAACAGACCAGCACAGCGAAGACAAAUAUGUGAAGCCCUUGUCUGGACAUAUAAUCUUGUUUAAUAUUCCUAAAAAUACUCCCGAUUUUG